AACCUUGUUUGCUUGCUCUGGACACCAAAAUAUCUUGUAAGUGGUGUAUAAGGACUGAAAAGCAACAUCAUUUAUGGCCACAGAGAUAUGCUAAAAUGGGACUGGGGUUGUUUCCCCCAUUUUCUUUCGAUCCUCAUCAAACAUCUUGCUUGCUUUUCCUGCCCAUUUCUUUCUACCUUCAGUAAUUUUCCCAAUGUUUUUGCCUUGCAGGAGAUCCUGGCAACAGUGCAAGGUUUAACUGAAAAGAUGGGAGGGAAAGACUCUUCUGAGCCCAGCCUGGGAAAAGGCCCUUCCCUCAUUCAGGCCAAGCCUAGAGGAGCAUUCGAGGAGAGUGCCACCCAGAAGCGCAUGCUGGAGGAAGUGCUCACUUCAGAUUUAUGCCGCCAGCAAUUCAGGGACUUUGGCUACAGGGAGACGUUAGGACCUCGGGAGGUUUGCAGCCAGCUGCACCUUCUCUGCCGCCAGUGGCUCCAGCCAGAAAGACGCACCAAGGGGGAGAUGUUGGACUUGGUGGUCUUUGAGCAGUUCCUGGCACUCCUUCCCUCGGAGAUGUCGUCCUGGGUGAGASAAUGUGGGGCAGAGACCAGUUCCCAGGCGGUGGCCCUGGCAGAASGCUUCCUCRUGAGUCAGGCAGAGAAGAAGCAGGAAYAGGAGYCGGAUUUGUGUCUGGAACGGAUCCCUGAGGCAGGUCAGUGUUUUCCUGAAUCCAGUCAAAGGCAGCAGCCAAGGUGGAUGAUGGAGGACAGCGAAGGAAAGUCUCCCUCAAUGAGUGACUUUUGA